UCGUGUUGUUUAUAUAUCACGAGGAAAAAGGGCGAUAACCGAGAAGAGAACUAGAGAGACAUCACUAAAUUCUACAACAGUGAAGGAGAAAUAGAGAGGGGGAGAGAGAUUUGUUUGAGGGAGAAAAUAGGUAUCGAAUCUAGAUAUAGAGAGCUUAGGGUUUGUACGAGUUACAGAAGGAGAAGUUAGGGUUUCGUUUGCUCCCCGAUUGGGUGAUGAAGAUGGUGGGGAAAGCGAAUUCAAGGGGGAGACGAUUUUGAGGCCUGAAUCAUUUGGAACAGCUGGAUAGGAGUCGGUUUGUGAGUCGGGCAGAUUAAGUUAAUUGUAGAUGGCUGAUAGAAGAGUUGGUAAGCGUUCAAUGGAUCAGAGAGGUUUUUCAAAAGUGGACUCUGGAACAUGUAAUGUUUGUUCUGCUCCUUGUUCAUCAUGCAUGCAUCGUAACGUAGGUUUCACAGGAUCAAAAUCGGACGAAUCAUCAGAUGAAAACGGCGGGGUAGCUGGCAGCCAGUGUUCUGUAUACGAGGACCGUCUUUUGCCUUCUUUAGUGGUUAAUGCUCGCAGCAGUUCAAAUAACACUGCUAGUGAAGCAAGCAACCUUGUUAAUCCCACCCAUGAUGCUCUCUCCGAGAAUGCCGAAAGUAAGGAAACUAUCAGACGUAUUGGUAUAUCCGAUGAUUCCGGAGCUGUUGCAAUGACUUCGAAGAAAUCUUGUUCUGGGAGCAGGAUGAAACACAAUGUUUCUGCAUCAGCUAAUGUGUUGGAUCAGAGCUCUAAUUGUAUAGAAGGCCAGGAAGAUGGGAUAAUGUCGGAUGAUCGAACCAAAAGUUCAAAUUCUGGUUAUCCUAAUAACAAGAUAGUCAACAAGACUGAUGAUUCAGCUCCUGUUUCUGAUCCAAUUCUGGGUGGAGCUAGGAAAGAUCAAGAUUCCACAAUGAGAUCAUCUAAGGUUCCUUCAAAUGAAGUGAAAUCACAAUCUUUGCAUAAUCCAUCAUCCAACCAUGAAGACAGAAUCAGUUCAGAGCGGGGAAAUUUCAAGGAAAAAUUAGGACCACGGGGUAACAAAGACAGACAGGAACCUUCAGUUGAAGGAUCUACACCUUCUGGCCAGAACGGGAAGGAUGGGAAGUCAAAUAAAAGCGCUUCCUUCAAUAAAUCAGAUGAGUCGAUCUCAUCAGCUAUGUCUGAGAGCGAGAACGAUGAUUCUGAAAUGGUGGAACAUGAUGUAAAAGUUUGUGAUAUCUGUGGAGAUGCGGGUCGUGAAGAUCUACUCGCUAUCUGCAGCGAAUGCAGUGAUGGUGCAGAACACAUCUAUUGCAUGCGGGAAAGGCUCAGUGAAGUUCCUGAGGGUGAUUGGCUGUGUGAAGAAUGUGAGGAAGCUGAAAAACAGAAGCAAGAAGCUAAGAGAAAGAGAGAAACUGAGGUAACCCUCAAUCCACAUAGCUCAGGCAAAAGGCUUGCAGAUAAGUCUGAGGCAGCUCCAGAUGCGAAAAGACAGGCGGUUGAGGGUUCAAGUGGGUCACCCAAGAAAUCUAUUCUCCCCAGAAUAGGUGCGUUAUCUCGAGAAACAUCAUUCAAGGGCUUAGACAGGUCAAGGGGAAGGCUAAAUCAUCAAUCAUCUCUCAGUGAUGACACAGAAAGUGCGCGAUCUACUGGUUCACAGCUUCAGCCCCCAAAAGGUGCAUUUUUAAAAUCUAGUUCCUUCAAUUGUUCGAGCUCGAGAGGAAAAGUGCAACAUAUGGAUGAUAUUAUUAUCCCAAGAAAGAAGACUGGGAAAGAAUAUACUUCUCUUGAUAUAAAGGAGGGUAGUUCUGGAAAUGCAAGCAGAAUGUCAAGUAGAACAACAGACGCUGGGAUUUCUAGUGGAAACGACUCGCAAGCAAAAUUGUUUGCGUCAAAAGAAGGCAAAAGCUCAAAGCAACUGAAAGAUCGUAGUACAGAAGCUAAUUUGUCAACAUCCUCCACCGAUCAGAAGCUUACUUCACGCAGCAAUUCGUCUGCUUCAUAUGCAAACAAUACCCGUGAUUUGAAGGGUUUGCAGUCUGAUGGUAAACGAGGUAGCUUGACGAAGCAAGUUAGCAAUCUAAAUCGAAACCGUCUAGAAAAUCCGGUUGCUUCUGGAGGUGAUAAUUUAAAGAAUGAAAAGUCCAAUGCCAGCGAGCAAAGUUCAAGUCAAGCUGACUGUAAGGAUGAACUGCCAUCCACUUCCUGCGCUGUUGAGGGUGUGCCAAGCAACGGUAAUGUAGCUUCGCAGGAUGGAUUACCGCGGUCCAGAGAAUUUAGAGAGGCAGGGAAGAAAAGCAAAGAUGCCUUUGGUAAGCGCCAAAGAUCUAGCCUGUUAUCUGGUGCAAAAGGCUUACCAUCAUCUCAAAAGGGAGGCCAGACUGCAGAGUCUAGUGACACCUCAGGCGUUUCUGAUAGUGAUCUCUCUACCACAAAAAAUGUUCGGGAGGAUAUAAAUAAGGGUAAUAGGUUGCGAGCAGCAGUAGAUGCUGCUCUUCGUAAAAAGCCCAGCUUUGGGAAGAACAGAGUAUUGGAGCAGUGUGAUGUGUCUUUGGCAUCUAAGGUGCAUUCUAGUUCUGAUAAGACUUUACGAAAUCAAUUGCCUUCAAAGAUGCAUACAAAUUUAUAUCCUGCUCCUGACCCGUACAAACAGACAAUUGCAUCAAAUGAGAAGCAGCUUGGACUCUCUGGUGCUGAUGCGAUACCUCCACGAUCUGUGGAACUUGAAGUUAAUAUUCCCUCAGUGAAACCUGUCAUCAGAGAUUGGCCAUUAGUAUCCCCACCUGCUCUGUUGAGAAGCUCAGCCAUUCCGGACCAUGAGUCUAUAUGGCAAGGAGAUUUGGAGGUGCGGAAAGCUAGAAAUCAGUCAGCUAUGCAUAGCGGAAUGCAAGCACAUCUAUCAACUUUAGCAUCACCCAAGGUUGCUGAAGUGGUGAAUAAAUUUCCAGUUAAGUUUAGCUUGAAUGAAGUACCUCGGCUAAGUACAUGGCCAGCACAAUUUCAAGACAUAGGUACUAAAGAAGACCAUAUAGCUCUUUUCUUCUUUGCUAAGGAUGUUGAGAGUUAUGAGAGAAAUUAUAAGCCCCUGGUAGAUUACAUGAUCAAGAAAGAUUUAGCCCUGAAAGGAAACCUCGAUAAUGUCGAGCUUUUGAUUUUUGCAUCCAACCAGCUUCCUCCGAAUUGCCAGCGUUGGAACAUGUUAUAUUUCCUUUGGGGUGUAUUCCGAGGAAGAAAAGAGAUUUGUACUACAAACCUACAAAAGAACACAUCUUUGCCUCCUUCAAAUGUUUUGCCGCGUGGUCAAGACCCAAUUGACUUGUGCCAAACGAGUUCUCCUUCCAGGCAUUUGGAGAAAGCGUCUUCUUUACGUGAGAGCUCACACAACAUAAAUGAAACUCAAAAUCAGACAGAUGUAUCUAGCCAUGAGAAUCCAAGUGAUAGAGGAUCAUCUAUCGAGCAAUCAUCGAGCGCAAAGGAGGAAAUUGCUCGUAAAGAGGACGAACCAGAUGCGAAUCAUAUUUCUUGUCAAGCUAAUGGAUCAAGUUCUGGAGAUAGUCUAGUGAAGAAGGUUCAGCAAACUGAAGAGCAAGAAUUAGGUGGUAGAAAGAACCUGCCUUUGACUGUCACGGGCUCAGAGAUACCGCCCAGUGGCCAAGACAAUCCUCUAGAGAAAGAUCUCAACUGUAGUAGCCAGGCUGGUCACAGGAAGCGUCCAGUUUGGGAACUGACAAGACCCGGCAUUGAUAACUCCUCUGCCAUGAACCAGAAAAUGGAGCUCAAUAAGGAAGUUUUGUUCGAAGGAUCUCCGAAUAAGAAGCCCAAGACGGAAGACGAAAGCAGCAGCGUUUCCCGGGAUACAUUUGGUAAAGAUUGCGGGAUCAUGAAGAAGAGCCCCAAAGUGGUGUUCCCUUUGGACUUGAAUGCCGAAAGAGAAGACAUUGAAGUAGUCGAUGAUCUCAUUCCACUUGGCAAUAACAAUGACGACAACAGCAACAAGAGGCGGUUAAGCGGUACAGUCCCGAAUCUGGAGCUGGCAUUAGGAGCUGAAGAAACAAGUCAAGACACUAUGGGACUAUUGCCUUUCUUAGCCGGAAGUACCAUCAACACUGGUGAACAAAGUAGUCAUAGCAUGAAAAAAGAAAAAGAAGAAAAAGAGAAAGAAGAAGAUGAUGACGCUGCUUCUCUCUCGCUAUCACUCUCGUUUCCAGGCGAGGAGAGGAAGAAUGUGAAUGCUCCAUUGUUUCUGUUCAGAGACCUUCCUAGAUAAAAAGUUAUCGUAAGUUUAUUUCAUUAAAAGUGUGUCCUUAGCUUCGUCUUUUUUUUGGUUGGUGAAGACUACCGAGAUAAAAUCACAGGUCUGUAUAUAUAUAAAUGGUGAUGGGAAGAAAUGAUACCGAAUGUUUUUUUUUAUUAUGAUUGGUUGAAAUCUAUAGAAU